UUUCUGUGCCCGUUACUUCCGCGUAUUCUGUAUCUUUGCAAAACGAUAUCUGAGACAAACAAGAAAUAAAGCGUUUCUUCUAAGAUGGCGAUGGUAAAGAGUGGUUGGCUCCAUAGACAAAGUACCAUACUACGCCGCUGGAAGAGAAACUGGUUCGACUUAUGGGCUGACGGGCGGCUCGUGUUCUACAGUGAUCAGCAGCGGCGUGACAUGGAGGAUGACAUUCACAUGAGAGUCCACUGCAUCAACAUCCGCAGCUCUGCAGCGUGCCACGGGUUGAACCCACCGGAGGGAAAGCCACGUGAUGCGUUGUUCCAGAUCGUGUGCAGAGAUGGACAGGUCAUCAGUUUGUGUGCAGACAGUGCAGACGAUGCCCUCGCAUGGACGAUGGCACUUCAGGAUGCAAGAAUUAAUGCGGUAGUUGCUGCUGCUCAGAUUGGUUUCACACAAGAAGUUGUGGCUUCUGCUCCUCCCCCCUAUUCAGAAUAUGCUCAUCCACAGGUUUAUGCACCAGGCCCAUAUGGAGACUACAGUGCUUCACCUGCUCAUGCUAAUCAGAUAGUUUACUCUGCAGACGGGCACCCUUAUGCUGUUGCUUACCCAUACCAGUAUCAGGGUGGAUAUGCUGCUCCUGGAGUGAACCACGUCAUCAUUCAGGAACGACAGCGCGACCACGCAGGAGACGCAGCUCUGGGCAUGCUCGCUGGAGCAGCAACUGGUUUGGCUCUCGGCUCCCUCUUCUCGGUCUUCUAACGUCAUAACCAUCGAACGUCUAGUAGCACCCAGUCCCUGUGUCAUUACAUUAUAUAUACAUUUUACAGCAUAUUGUGUAGAUUAUCCUCAGUGUGGUCUAGAAAUUUCAAAUAAAAUGAUCUUGUUCAGUUAGGUCAA